AUGAUGUCUUCCUACAUGUUUCAGUUUAUUGUUUCAUCCUUUUUUAUUUGCUCUUUCUUCUUGCAAGUUCAACCAUCCUAUGCCAUUGGAAAAUCCUAUGUUGUUUACUUAGGAGCACAUUCUCAUGGCCCAAAUCCUUCUUCUGUUGAUCUAGACUAUGCUACAAAAUCCCAUUAUAGUUUAUUGAGCUCCAUCCUAGGGAGCCAUGAGAAAGCCAAGGAUGCAAUAUUCUACUCCUAUAAUAAACACAUCAAUGGUUUUGCUGCAAUAUUGGAAGAGAAAGAAGCAGAAAAGCUUGCAAGAAAUCCAAAUGUAGUUUCUGUAUCUUUGAACAAAAUGAAUCAAUUGCAUACAACAAGGUCAUGGGAAUUUCUUGGACUAGAGGAAAAUGGUAUAGUUCCUAAGGACUCUAUUUGGGAAAAGGCAAGAUAUGGUGAAGACACAAUCAUUGGUAACCUUGAUACAGGUGUAUGGCCAGAAUCAAAAAGCUUUAGUGACCAUGGAAUGGGUCCCAUUCCAUCAAAGUGGCGUGGAAAUGGAAUUUGUCAAAUUGACAAUUUUAAUGACUCAAACAAAAAUUAUUGCAACAGGAAGCUAAUUGGAGCAAGAUAUUUCUACAAAGGCUAUGAGGCACAUGAAGGAAAACAAAAUGCAUCAUUUUACACAGCACGUGACACACAAGGCCAUGGUUCUCAUACUCUAUCAAUAGCUGGUGGAAAUUUUGUUCAAGGAGUAACUGUUUUUGGAAAUGGAAAUGGAACUGCAAAAGGUGGAUCUCCUAAGUCUCGUGUUGCUGCUUACAAAGUUUGUUGGCCAGGUGGUUGCUCUGAUGCAGAUAUCUUAGCUGGUUUUGAGGCUGCAAUAAGUGAUGGUGUUGAUGUUCUUUCUGUUUCUCUUGGUGGGAGGUCUGAGAAUCUGCUUUCAGAUUCUAUUGCUAUUGGUUCUUUCCAUGCUGUUGAUAGUGGUGUAGUUGUUGUUAGUUCUGCUGGAAACUCUGGACCUUCUUUUGAGACUGUUUUUAAUGUUGCUCCUUGGUUGUUUACUGUUGCUGCUAGCACAAUUGAUAGAGAUUUUACCAGUUAUGUUACACUUGGUGACAACAAGCAAUUUAAGGGAACAAGUCUUUCAUAUAAGGACUUACCAUCACAAAAGUUCUACCCUUUGAUUACUGGUGAAGAUGCUAAACAUUCCUAUGCUCUAUAUAUAGAUGCGAAAUACUGCCGUUAUGGAACACUUGAUGUUGAAAAGGUGAAAGGAAAAAUAGUUGUUUGUCUUGAAGAUGAGUUUUUUGGAAUUGUUGUUGCAGGUCCAGAAGCUUCUUCUGCAGGAGCAGUUGGAAUGAUUUUGGCUAGUGAUAGUGAAAGCUUUUAUGAUUUUAUUGCAUACCCUCAUGUUUUACCAACUUCACAUCUCAAUUAUUCUGAUUCUCAAUAUAUUUCUUCCUACAUCCAAACUCAAAAGAACCCUGUUGCUUACAUAACAAAACCAAUAACAGAAAUUCCAAUAAUUCCAACUCCAGUGAUUGCUUCAUUCUCAUCAAGGGGACCUAACAACAUUCAACCAUCAAUUCUAAAACCUGAUAUCACUGCACCUGGAGUUAACAUAAUUGCUGCUUACUCAGAAGCCACAAGUAUAUCUGGAUUAACAUCAGAUAAUAGAAGGUUUCCUUACACUUCUAUGUCCGGAACUUCAAUGUCAUGUCCUCAUGUUUCUGGUAUUGUAGGUCUUCUCAAAACACUUCAUCCUGAAUGGAGUCCGGCCGCUAUCAAAUCAGCAAUUAUGACCACAGCAAGCAAAUUGGACAACAUCAAAAAACCUAUCAAAGAUAGAUUCUAUGAAAAUGCAUCUCCAUUUGCAUAUGGUUCUGGUCACAUUCAACCUGAUCUUGCUAAAGACCCUGGACUAAUUUAUGAUCUUAAUGUUACCGAUUACUUGAACCUAUUAUGUGCUAUUAAUCAAAACCAUAAAAAAAUUGAGGCUAUUUAUAACAAGCCAUUCAUUUGUCCAAAGUACUCCUACAAUAUGUUGGAUUUCAACUAUCCAACAAUCACAAUACUUGAUCUUGGGGACAAAAUUGUAAAUGCUAGUCGAAUUGUUACAAAUGUUGGGCCUCCAAGUACAUAUAAUGUGAAAACCAAGGCACCUAAUGGAAUUUCAAUUUUGGUUGAGCCAAGUUCAUUGAAAUUUAAUGAAGUUGGUGAGAAGAAAUCAUUUAAGGUUGUUGUGAAAGCUAUGGAUAAUUAUGUGAAGGAAGGUGCUAUAAUGGAUUAUGUGUUUGGUGAGUUAGUGUGGUCUAAUGGAAAUAAUAGAGUGAGGAGUACUAUUGUUGUGAAGCUCUAGUACUAGAAAUGAAUUUCAUGUCAAUCGCCUAGUGUUUAAUUGGGCCAUAAAUAAAAUUAUAUAAAAAAAAGGACCUCUUUUAACUAUUUAUAUUUAUUACAAA